CACGGUGUGGCUGGGAUGUCUCUCCCUUCCCCAGAUCACUGACAGUUGGUGGGCAAGCCUCCUGGGCAGCUUGGGUGACGAAACCUAUCCCACCAGCAGGAGAAUGGGACUGUGAAUUCUGACCCCCCCCACCCCCUUCCUUCCUCUCUUGGGGGCUAAAAGUCUGGCAGGAGGAAGUACCAGCAGCAACUCACUGGGCAGCCUUCCUAGGAAGAUGCAGCCGCUCCCGCUUCUGGUGGCCUUUCUCCUACCACUCGGGGCUGGAGCAGGGCAGAUCAUCGGAGGCCAAGAGGCCACGCCCCAUUCCCACCCCUACAUGGCAUAUCUUCAGACCCAGACUCUAGUGGGUCCAGGCAUGUGCGGGGGGUUCCUGGUGCGAGAAGACUUUGUGCUGACAGCAGCCCGCUGCUGGGGAAGCCCUGUGAAUGUUAUCCUGGGGGCCCACAACAUCGGGAGACGGGAAAGCACCCAGCAGCUCAUAUCUGUGCGCAGAGCCUUCCCCCACCCUGAAUAUAAUCAGCAGAACCACCUGAAUGACAUCAUGUUACUGCAGCUGGAGAAUAGAGCCACACUGAACAGGGUCGUGAGGCCAGUGGCUCUGCCUCGGACCCAGACCAGGCUGAGGCCUGGGGACACGUGCACCGUGGCGGGCUGGGGCCUGGUGGGCCUGGAUGGGAGGACAGACACACUCCAGGACGUGCGGCUGAGAGUGCAGAGGGAUCAGGAGUGCAGCAAUCGCUUCAAUUUCUACACUCACCGAACUCAGAUUUGUGUGGGGAACCCGAGGGAGAGGAAGUCCCCCUUCCUGGGGGACACCGGAGGCCCCCUGGUGUGUCACAAUGAGGCCCAGGGCAUCGUUUCCUAUGGAAAUGGGAUCGGGACCCCUCCAGCAGUCUUCACCAGGGUUUCCAGCUUCCUGCCCUGGAUAAGAAGAACAAUGAGACGCUUCAAACAACAGGGUCAGACUGAGACCCCCCUGUGACUCACUCUUCUUCUCUGGGGCCAAGGCCAGCUCCAGGGGCAUUCUCAGAGCCUUAAUAAAUGUCCAUGUCUAGAGUGGAA